UUCGCGCGACAUAGCUUUUUUUUUCUUUCUAUCUGACCGAAACACUCCAGAUUCCAGACCGAUGCGCAGAUUAUUCCAGCGUCCAUGACUACCCUCGUGCAGACCCGUCAGCCAUUACAAGCCCUGAGCAUGAGCAAUCAGUCUCAGCCUAAGCGUCGCAGGAGCUCGCGCCUUGCCUCAUAUGAUGAACAGGAUGGGGAUUUUCAUUUUACGCGAGGAUCUAAACGAGCAAAGACACAGCCGGAGCCGAUACCUGAGGACGAACCGGCACCGGCCCCGGCCCCCGUACCUAUACCAUUACCUAGAAGGGGAAGACCAAAACAGAAUAAGGACCGCGAGCCACAACCAGCACCCCCAGUUCAGGCGGUUCUACCGGCCCAGCCAGCACCCAGGAGAAAUGCAAAGCGGAGGUCGAACCAGAUAACAUCUGAUCAAGAUGAGAUACAAACGUCGCCGCCUCCGCCACCGCCACCGCAAAGGACUACGAGGAAAAGAGGACGUCCAUCUGUGGAUAAGACCGAAAAGGAACCAGCAAAGGUUACGAACGGAGUCUCUAAGAAGCAGAAAGAACGGAUAGAAGAGGAAGUCCAAGAAGAGGCAACUCAGUCAACACCUGUGGAUGAGCACAAGGGAAGAGGCAGAGAUAAUGCAUCAGACUCCAAGAAGAUCGCGCUGCCGUUUAGCGACACGCCUAUAAUGAAUCGUAACAAAGAAAUGAGGAGGAAGACAGGGGCUCGCAGGAGUAGUUUGGGUAUGCGCGGGAGAAGGGCAAGCUCGCUUAUAGAUAAUGGCCACAGCGCCAUACCGCAUAAAGCAGUCGAUUCCGCCGAAUUCUACAAGCAUAUCGAAGCUGAUCUGAUGGAACCACGCCGUAUGAAGCAACUGCUUACGUGGUGUGGAGAGCGAGCUCUGUCAGAGAAACCACCGUUAGGAUCCUUGAAUUCUAAUGAGAUUCUGGGAGCCCGAGCGAUUCAAGACCAGCUACUAAAAGAUUUUUCGUCGAAAUCGGAAUUUUCAGACUGGUUUUCACGAGAGGAAAUACCGCGACCACCGGCAAUAGUGAAGCCUAACCCGCGGAAUAUCGAACACGAGGAAAAAAUAGUAGCAUUAGAAGAGAGGGUAAAACGAUUAAAAGCAGAAAAGCGAGCAUGGCAAUCCUUAAAACAACCGCCUCCAGAACUACCACCACUUUUCCCGUCAUCAGAUUCAAACUCUCAAUCACUGCCAUUACCCGACGCCUCCCUUCUCGACUCCGAAGAGGCCCAAAUUCUCGCCACUCUCACCGACCCAUCGACCGCCAUAAAACCGCAGAAGAUCCAAUCCCGACUUCAAGCGCUCCAGAACUCUCUCGACUUUAGAAUCGACCACCUGGCCGACAACGUGCAAAAACUAGAGCACCGGGUAAAGACGGGGGGACUGCAAGCAGACCGCGUGCUAGCACUCAGCGCAGCAAGGUUAAAGGAACGUGAGGAGAAGGAGAGGGCGAGCGCAGGAACCAAGGAUAUGCCAGUUAUGGAAGUACUAAGGAGUCUAGGGAGGAUAUUGCCUCCAGAAACCGGAGGAGGGGGUUAAAGUCGUUUCGUCGACUUCCCGUGCCGCGUAUAUAGCGCGUACGCGUGUAUGGAAAAGCAGUAAAAAGAGAGGAAAAAAAACAGAUUAUCAAUUUUUUUUCACGUCCUCACGUCCGGGUUCUUGGUUUUUUUUUUUCGUCAUCGAACAAACAAGGGAAAUAGGUGGGAUGAAUGAU